AUGAAUUUUUAUAGGGACAGUACAUGGGUUCUAGAAUAUAUAGAAGAACAGGAGUCAAAAGGCAGACUCUCUGGUUCUUUACAAACUUUGGUUCUUCAAAGUUGCAAGCGUUACAAGUUACACACUAACCCAAAACAUAUCUAUGCAAUCAUAGAUUCCUGUUGGAAAUACAAACCUUAUUUGGAAAAAAUUAUGAAACAAUCUGGUAUCCUUAACGAUAUUCCCAAACGGAAAGGGAAACCAAUUUACCAGAAACUGACUUUGCUUUUACUUGUUCAUGAUCUCUUGUUCUCCAAAUCAAAAAGGAUCCAAAUGGGGAAACAUCCUAUUAAGGAUUAUGUGUUGAGAUAUAAAGUCAGAUUGAAUGCAGAAUUAGUCAAAUUGAAACUUAAACUCAAAGUCAAAGACUUGUCCACAAUAAUAAUGCAUAAAUCUGAUCCUUCAAAUGAUGACAAUCACCCCAACAGCAUAAUCGAUGACGAUUCUCCACCAGUCAGAUGGAUCAGAAUUAACCCAUUACGUUGUCCCAACGAUAAACAAACCACGGAAAUGGUGUUAGAGGAAUUAAGGAAAAAAUUCACCAAAAAAGUCGAUCAUUGGAACCAAAUCGUUCCUGGUUCAAUUUAUUAUGAUAUUUUUAUACCAAACCUCUAUGGGAUCCACCCUCGUGAUAAAAUAACUUCUCAUGAAUUAUACAAACAAGGGAAAAUCAUUAUUCAAGAUAGAGCUUCUUGUUUUCCUGCCCAUAUAUUGCGUCCAACAAUAAAUGAUGUUAUCAUAGAUGGCUGUGCAGCUCCUGGAAAUAAAACCACUCAUAUUGCAUCUUACAUGUUCGGACAGAAUCACAAACACAGUCAUGCUCAAUCAAAAACAAAAGUUCAAAUCCAUGCUUUUGAAAAAGAUCCAGAGAGAGCUAAAAUCUUAAAUAAAAUGAUUAAGAUUGCUGGUUGUUCUAACUUUAUUAACGUUAAUGUAGGUGAUUUUACUACCUUGGCUACUCCAGAGAAAUUUCCUGUUGUCACUGGGUUCAUAUUAGAUCCAAGUUGUUCCGGCAGUGGUAUCUUUGGUAGAAAAUAUAUUGAUUCAAUUAACAAAUUGAAAAGUAAUCAACAGAAAAAUAAUGGGAAGUCUCCUAGUAACAAAGAGGGAGAACAAGAGGAUGAAGAAGAUAUCCCUGAAGAGCAAGAGGAAUUCAAUAAGAAAGAAGAUUUAAAGACUAGAUUAGCUAAGCUAUCUUCAUUCCAAUUUCAAGUAGUUAAACAUGCAAUGAGCUUUCCAGAUGCUAAAAGAUUGGUCUACAGUACUUGUUCUAUCCAUGCAGAGGAAAAUGAACGCGUUGUUAUAGAUCUAUUGUUGGACGAAGAUGUCAAAAAAGCUGGCUGGAGAGUUGCUUCUAGAGACUCCGUGAUACCGAAUUGGCCAAGAAGAGGUUUUAUUGAAGAGUUUAAGGAGGUCUUUAGAGACUCUACUAGUGAUGAGGAAUGCAAAAGAAUGGCAGAAGGUUGUAUUAGGGUUGCACCAAGAAUAGACGGUGGGAUAGGCUUUUUUGCCGUUUGUUUUGAACGUGAUCUUUAA